AAUGUAAAUGUUGAAAAAAAACUUUAACUAAAAUUCGGUUCGAUUGACAUACAACAACAUAUACUUAAUUAUUAAAAUUUGAUUGGAAUUUUUGUUUGUAUGUAAAUCACUUCAUUGAAUUCGAAUUUUUGGCUUUCUGUCUUCAUCAAUAAUGCAAUCAAUUCGUUCAUCGCUACUGGUCAAAUUGGCUACAACGAAAUUUACAUCAUUUCGAAAUGUACAUCUAUCUAUUGCCACGUCGAUGUCUAGACGGCAUCAACAACAAGUAGAGAAAGAAAUUCCCAUCAGUUCCAGAUUGGAUCAAACAUUAUCUAAUGCAAAACGAAUAUUGACAAAAGGCGAUCAAAAUGAUCAAACACAACCAAAUCUACAGAAUUUAAUCGCUGAAGAAGUGAUGGUCAUAACGCAAAUUCUACAGAAAUUAGUUGGCACCAAUUAUUCACUUUCGGAAAUACAAAAAUUAUAUGAGAAUGAAUCAUCUUCCGAUCAUUUUAUACGGGGUUUGAUUGUUCUAUUGAUUUCAAAGGCAGCUUUAUCAUCCAACAAUGGAAUACAAUUGGAACAGAAAGAUAUUUCAACAAUACAAUGGCGUCUAGCUAAAAUAGUUGAAAUGAUACAUAUGGCAGUACUUAUACAUCGACAGGUACGAAACGUUGCAUUUAAUACAUUGGAUUCUGGAUCCAUUGAAACACAACUUAAUCUGAGUAAUAAAAUUUCCGUUCUGUAUGGCGAUUUUCUCUGGGCUAAAGCAUGGAAAGAAUUGGCCGAUAUGGGAAAUAUUGAAGUUAUUGAUAUGAUGGUAUCGGUUUUGGUCAACACUUCUACCGGACAAUUUCUUGCCGAAGUUGAAUCGCUUGAUUUGAGCCGAAAAAUGAACGUUGAUUAUUGGUUAGAGAAAAAUUUCCUUCUAAAUGCCUGUUUACCUGCAUUCGGCUGCCGAUCAACACUUAAAUUGGUUGGUUUCGAUGAACAAUUGCAGAAAAAGGCGUAUGAUUUUGGCCAGAAUUUUGGCUUUUUUAACAAAGCAUAUCAGGAGAUCAAAUGGUUCGACAAUAAUGGCAAUUAUGAAGAGCCAAUCAAUAGUUAUUCAUUGGAUCUAUGUUCAUUACCGGUUAUAAUGCAUUCCAUUGAAUCUGGCCGAUCAUUUGAUCGAAUGAUUCAAAAGAAUGCAUUCAAAAAACAAUCCGGUGAAUUUAUUAUGAAUCAACAAGAAUUUAUUGACAUCAUACGUAAAGGUAAUGGUCUGCGACAAUCACGAUCAAUUUUGGAAAAUUUUCGACAAAAAUCCUUACGAACGUUGGAAGUAUUUCCAGAAUCUGAAGCAAAAGGGCAAAUAAAAUCCAUAUUGGAAACAAUGGAACCAUGAUUGAUAAGCGAAACAUAUUCGAAACAUUGAAAAUUGAAAUCUAAUUUGAGCAGCAACAAAAAAAAAAUUCGUUGGUGAUUACGAACCAGCGUACUAUAAUGAAUAUUUUAUCAAAUGGAAUUAAUGUUUUUUUUUCUUGUCUAUUAUUCUCAUAGAAUCUUGUUUGUGUCCAAAUUAUAAAUGUUCUUUGUUGUAUGGUA